CUUUCUUUUUAUUCUUUUGCUUCUUCUUAUUAAAACAACUUCAAGAUUAGUUUCACUUUCCAUUAUUUUUUUUAUCUUGCUUAGCUUUCUUUCUCGGGAAAGCAUAGAGAUUUGGUCUGCUGAAAUUUGUGCUGGUAAAAAUUUAUAGAGAGGAAAGAAAGAUGUUGGUCGUUUUCUUGGGCUAAUUGGGUAUUGCGUAGAGUGGGAGAGGAUAUGGUUGGAGAAGUAGAAGAAGGGAAGAGCAAAUAAAACCCUCCAUUCUUUUUCUUUUCUUCAGCUAAUCCACUCAUCCACUUCUUCCUCAUCUUCACUAUAAUCUCAUCCUCUCUUUUCCCUUCAUCAUCACUCACCCUUACUAUUAUCAUUAUUAUAUUUAUUAUAUUUCUUUUGCUUCUUUUGCUUGAGGCUUGAAAUUCCAAAGUAGGACUGACAUCUCAGUAGAGUAGCCGGCAUGGCCACCCAAUCGCCGCCGCCUUCCACUUCCACCGCCACGGAAGAAAACAAAGGUUCUGAGAUUGUGCAACUAGCAAAUAUGGAUCAGAAAAACACCAUAGAAGCAGAGCCUGCUAAACCUAGUUCAACUCCAUCAGUAUUUGUAAACUCACAACCGAUGAGGGAAGAACAAGUUCAGAAUGCUGUGAAAUUUCUGUCUCACCCAAAAGUUAGAGGUUCACCUGUCAUCUAUAGGCGAUCAUUUUUAGAGAAGAAGGGCCUUACAAAGGAGGAGAUUGAUGAAGCCUUUCGGCGAGUGCCAGAUUCAGCUCCAACUGUGCAAACAGGCGGUGUAAAUCAAGAUGGGCAAUUGAAAUCAUCAUCAAACAAUGAGCAACAAACUCAGCAAAAAACCUUGCAGCUGGUUUCGCCUUCUUCUACUGGUGUUAAAACUUCAUCAGGAACAUUACCACGCUCAAGAUUUCACUGGUCCCAUGCCCUAAUUGCUGUUGGAUUACUGGCUGCUUCAGGUGCUGGAACAGCUAUAAUAAUUAAGAAAUCUUUUCUCCCUCGGUUAAAAUCUUGGAUACGUAAGGUUGUCCUUGACAAUGAUGAUGAACAAUUGAAGAAAACUGAUGACAAACCAACAUUGCUGGAAGAAGCUGCACAAGCUGCAAAAUCAGCAGCAGCUGCAGCUGCAGAAGUGGCAAAAGCGAGCCAAGAAAUUAUGGCUUCAAAAGGUGAAGAGAGGAGAUACUUUGUGGAAGUUGUGAGCCUUUUAGACAAGCAAGUACAAGAAAUGAAGUCAAUGACAAAUGCCAUAAGAAGAUUGGAAGGGCAAGAAGAUCUUCAAAUCAGUCAAACAAGUUCAAAGCAACUGAUUGUGAAUGGCAAAGCGGAUUAUGACAUGCGUUCAGUGAGAUCUUCAUCUCCACCUGCAUCUGUUCAAUCAUCAAGUGGUCUUCAUCCAAAGUCAUAUAUGGAGAUAAUGGCCAUGGUCCAAAGAGGAGAGAAGCCUUCUAAUAUUAGACCUUGGGAGGUUGGUCAGGUGCAAAACACGUCUACUCAGAUUCUUCAAUCUCAAGUAAAUGGUGAAGACCUGAAUACCAAGACCCAGGAUACGUCUCUAGUAAAUGGGGAUGACCCAUUGCCCUGGUGGCAGAGGAAAAAUGUCAGAAUCACAGAGAUUGAGAAUGAAAAUGAGUCUAAUGGAGUACCUUAUGCUGCUGCAUCCAGUCAGCAGCCAGUUCAACGUGUAUGGGUUCCUCCUCAACCUCCACCCAUAGCCAUGCCUGGGGCUGCAGAAGCUAUCAGACGCCCAAAGCAGGUGGCCCAAAAGGAACAGAAGUCAGAUAAUCAGUCAGUGGCUCAAUCUUCUGACAGCUCUGUUGACGUUCAAGGGGUCUCAAAACCAUUGGAAUCUGAAGGUGCAGUAGAGGGCAGCAGUGUCAGCUCAGUUCCCAGCUCCAGUGAGAUCCAAGAGGAGCAUGAAGUCAAAUAUGAUGAGAAAUGAAGGUGAAUCAUGAUAUAUCACGAAAAACAGGUAGUUGGAACUAGCACUUGAAGUAGCCCAUGUUCUGAAUAAGCUUGUCAAAAUCUGUCAUAAUCAUAUAUGUUUGUACUUUGAACUGGACAUCAACAAAAGAUGCAAAUGCACGUGUCUUUCUAUGCAA